CCCGGCCGGUGGCACAUGGAGACGGUGCUGCUGGAGCAUUUCCCCGGGGGGCUGGACUCGUUCUCCUCGCCCCCCUACUUCGACGAGGAGGACUUCUUCCCCGAGCCUGCCCCGCGGGAGGCGCUGGGCGCCGACGGGCUGCUGGAGCCCGACGUGGACUUGCUGAGCCGCCAGCUGCAGGAGUACUACCGCGACGGCGGCGACCCCGACGGCGGCUACUGCUGCGAGGCGGCCGCCGCCGCCUUCCCCCCGUCGCCCGCCUCGCCCGGCUUCGCCUACGAGUGCUGCGGGGCGGCGGGCGCGGCGCUGCUGUCGCCGGGGGGGCGGCUGCAGGCGCUGGGCUCGGCCAAGCGGCGGCGGCGGGUGCGCUCCGAGGCGGAGCUGCAGCAGCUCCGGCAGGCGGCCAACGUGCGGGAGCGGCGGCGGAUGCAGUCCAUCAACGACGCCUUCGAGGGGCUGCGCUCGCACAUCCCCACGCUGCCCUACGAGAAGCGGCUCUCCAAGGUGGACACGCUGCGCCUGGCCAUCGGCUACAUCAACUUCCUCAGCGAGCUGGUGCAGUCCGACCUGCCGCUGCGCAGCGCCGGCAGCGAGAGCCCCAGCCAGCCCAAGAAAAUCAUCAUCUGCCACCGCGGCACAAGAUCCCCCUCCCCGAGCGACCCCGACUACGGCCUCCCCCCGCUGGCCGGCCACUCGCUGUCGUGGACUGACGAAAAGCAGCUCAAGGAACAAAACAUCAUCCGGACAGCCAAAGUGUGGACCCCCGAGGACCCGCGGAAGGUGCCCAACAAAGCCUCCCUCAACGACAUCGAGAACGAGCCCCCCUUCGACUUCGUGGCGUGAGGGUGGGCUGCGCUCCCCCCCUCCCCCGCCCUGUACAUGCUGUACGUGGAGACCUCCGCUGUAAAUUAAGAUUCAGACUCUUAAGGGCAAUCAACUUUAUUUAUCUAUUUAUUACGGAGUAGCCACAAUGAGGUAGAAUCGUCUGUUCUGAAUGUAUAAUUUAUAUAAUUUAUCCUGAUUUUUUUUUUUUUUUUUUUAAGAUAUGCAAUAGUUUUAUUCCACCAGCACCUUUUCGGAAAGGAAAAAUAAUAAUUAAUAAUAAUAAUAAUAACGCCGGAACCUGUGAAAAUAAUUUAUUGCCGCACGUGGACUCUUCCUGUGUUUGUUAAUAAUAAACCCGGA